UCCUCUCCGUCCUGCCCCGGGGAGUGGUUUGUCCGGGGCGGUCCGGGGGCGCGGUUUGAGGAGGCGGUGGUCCGGAGCGGGCCGGGCGGCCGGCGGGGGCCUGAGCGUGCGUGGGAGUGUGUGUGUGCGCCCCCGGUCCGGUCCGGUCCUGUCCUGUCCUGUCCUGUCCCGUCCCAGGAAGGCGGGCAGCAUGGCCGGGUCCCCUGGGCGGCGGCGGGCGGGCUCCUGGCCGGUGCCCCCGGUGCCCCCGGCUCCGCUGCUGCUGCCGCUGCUGCUGCUGCUGCUGCUGCUGCCCCCGCUGGUGCCCCUCGCCUCCGGCUCGGCAGGGGAGUCGUCCGAGGCGAGCGCCGGGCCGGGCCCCGCCUGCGGGCCCUGCCGGCCGGCCGCCUGCCCGCCUCUGCCCGCGCCGGGCUGCCCGCUGGGCGAGACGCGGGACGCCUGCGGCUGCUGCCCGGUGUGCACCCGCGGCGAGGGCGAGCCGUGCGGGGGCGGCGGGGCCGGCAGGGGCCACUGCGCCCCGGGGCUGGAGUGCCUCAAGAGCCGCAAGAGGCGCAAGGGUAAAGCCGGGGCAGCAGCGGCGGCGGCGGCGGGGGCCGGGCCGGGGGCCGGGCCGGGGGCGGCGGCGGGGGCGGGGGUGUGCGUGUGCAAGGCCGCCUACCCCGUGUGCGGCAGCGACGGGCUCACCUACCCCAGCGGCUGCCAGCUGCGGGCCGCCAGCCUGCGCGCCCAGAGCCGCGGGGAGAAGCCCGUCAGCCAGCUCAGCAAGGGCACCUGCGAGCAAGGUGCCUCCAUUGUGACCCCACCUAAGGACAUCUGGAAUGUCACCGGGGCCCAGGUCUACCUGAGCUGUGAGGUCAUCGGAAUCCCAACGCCGGUGCUCAUCUGGAACAAGGUGAAGAGAGGCCAGUUUGGGGUCCAGAGGACAGAGCUCCUGCCCGGGGACCGGGACAACCUAGCCAUCCAGACACGGGGUGGUCCAGAGAAGCAUGAGGUCACUGGCUGGGUGCUGAUCUCGCCACUGAACAAGGAGGACGAGGGAGAGUACGAGUGCCACGCAUCCAACUCUCAAGGCCAGGCAGCUGCGGCCGCCAAAAUCACCGUGGUCAAUAGCUUGCAAGAACUGCCAGUGAAGAAAGAGGAAGAUGCUGAGCUGUGAAGACCCGAAGCAAUCCAUAUCCAUCUUUACGCCUAGUAUAAUCCCGGAAACGGCAAUGGCUGCUCUUGCCCAGUAACCUCUUUCUUCUUACCUUAAUUCACUAAUCCCUUUAGCUGCCUUCAUUCACGGUUUGCCCACAACUGCAGCAGAGUAAGUGUGCGGCCUCACCACGUCUAACUACAAAAUGUUUAUUGUCUAUUUACAAAUAAAGCCAACCGGCCAAACGGAA